GUUGAUUCAGGCCCAGUUGCAUUCAAUCUGCUUCUGAUAGUGAGUUCGGUUAGUUAUUGUCAUUAGGAGUACAUACAUUACAGUAAAGAAUAAAAAUGUUGGAAGAGUUUAGUGUGAAAGCUAUUAAGCGAAUACUUUUUAUAUUCAAUUUGUUUUUUGCGCUAACUGGAGUGAUUUUGAUUCUUGUUGGUGUAGCCAUUAAAUCUUACUUCACUGAAUAUGAACUUUUUAUUGAUGACCGCUAUUUCUCAGCUUCCUCAUUAUUAAUAGCUUCAGGGUCUAUAAUAUUCAUUGUUUCAUUUUUUGGCUGUUGUGGAGCAAUAAGAGAAAAUAGAUGUAUGGUUUUGACAUUCAGCAUCUUAUUAACUUUUGUCAUGAUUCUUGAAUUCGCUAGUGGAGUUACUGGAUAUGUUCUUGCUAAUCAAACAGGAAACCUUAUUGAUACCAAGGUUCAUGAUACCUUGAAGCAGUAUUCCAAUGUUACUGAUAUACAGAUAUUAUGGGAUGCUGUUCAGAAAGAGUUCCAAUGUUGUGGAAUUGAUGGUCCUAAAGAUUGGAUUGAGGCAGUUGGAAAGCUUCCAGUAUCAUGUUGUGAUGGUCAGGGUGUUCUUCAAAAUUUGACCUGUACUACAAAUUCAACUCUACUUUACAAAAAUUCAUGCAGAACAAAACUUACUGAAGUAGUCAAAGACAGUACAACUGUGCUUGGUGGUGUAGCUUUCUCUAUUAUUGCAGCACAGUUUCUUGGAAUAGUGUUUGCUUGCUACUUGGGAAGAUAUAUCCGAAAAUCAAACUAUGAAACUGUUUAAUCAUUAAAAUCAAAAUUAUUGAAAUGCCUUUAUUCUACCGAAUAUCAGUGAUUGAUGUAUAUAAUUUUUUUUUGACAUCCCUUAAAAUUGUCUUACAUUUUAGACUGAUGAUUGUAUUGCCAUUGUAGUAAGUAUUUUGAUGUUGAUAACCUAAGUGCCUUAUAAAAUUAUAUUUGCAGAAAUGUUCCUCUUAUAACGUAUGGUCUCAACAUUUUAUGACUAAAUAAAUACUUCCCCUGUACAAUUUUCAUAACAUUUAUAUAUAUAUCUAGUAAAUAAGAUUAUCUUGUUAUAAAUGUUGAUAAAAAUGUUCUCUUUUUUAAUUAUAAUUAUUUUAUAGUUAUUUUUAUUGUUUUUUGUUUACUUGAAUAUUCACUAUUUUAUACACAAAAAAAAAUAUAUAUAUGAAUAAAAUAUGUUUUUUUUUAGUUUACAAAUGUAUAUCCAUUUAGCAAUCACUGGUUACUCGUUAUAUAGUUUGUUUAUAAUUAUACAUUCUAAAAAAACAACAACAACAAUAUUUUAGUCUCCUUGUGUUCAGAUAUGUCGUUAACUCCUCAUUGAUGUCAAACCAGUUGUCAUAUAUUCAAUUUAAAAUUAAAACCAAAACCUGUGAAUUAAGAUGUUUGGCAUUGUUGAACUUUUUUAAAAAUAUAGAUUGAACAGAUUUUUAUUUGAAACUAAGUUUCAGCAUAUAUGUUUUUGUUGAGUUUGUAAAAUAUUAUAUAAAUAAAUAAAUCUGUUUAUGAUUGUUAUUAAAAAUUUAAAUUACUAAAUUUUUUUUCCUAAGUAUGAUUAAAAUUUAAUUUUUGUUCUUUUUUGAUCUAAUUCGAACUUUU